AUGGCGUGGGGAGGAACUCGUGGCGGCAUGGCGCUGUUGGGCUUCGAGGAGGAGGAGGCAGAGAGGAAGUUCAACAUUUCCUUCGAUGAUAUGACCUUCUCUUCGCCCUCACAAGCCCAUGUCAAGCACAUGGAAGUCGUCAUGCACUUCCUCAUGAUCAAGGCGUGUCCCGGGGAAGCACAGCCUGCUUUCAAACUUCUCUGGCCGAUUGUCGACAAGGCGCAGGGGAGAGAGUUCAGGAAGUGGGUCAGUGACAAGCUAGCUUCCAUGCAGAAAGAGAGGCUGAUCCCAUCCACCCCCAUCGUACGAUCCACAAUAAUCGAGAACCCUGGCGGAACCAAGUUCAUUGCCAUCUUGAACUACCUCACACAAUAUGUCAUGAGGAAACAGCUCAAGACCAUGGGUAUUGAAGUAAUCUUGCUACAGUUCAACAAAGAUCAUGCACAGGUCUGUGUUGACGUCCUGAACCUUAGAGUGGAAAAGGAAAGGGCCCGAUUUCUGCAACACGCCAAUAGGUGCGCUGCAGAAAAUGCAAGGCUGGAAGCGUUCGCGGGUAAGGUGGCAGAAACCAUUAAGACUCUUGCAUCUGAUCGCGAGGAUGUUCGAGCGAAGUAUGAGAAGCUCAAGGCUGAAGAGAAUCUUGGCGACAUCGAAAGCUUGAGGAGGGAGGUUGAGGCGGAGGCGAGCGCGGUGCGGGACUUGUGGAGCGAGCUGGAAGCCGGGGAUGUUCAAGCCGAGAGUAACCGAAGGAAUGUGAAGAACAUGGUUGUCAAAGACGAUGACGAACUCGUCGUUGACCUGCACAGCAUGAGCGAGAGCUCAGGACAUGACAUGAAGUUUCUCGGAGAAAACCCUAGUGUCGAAUCUCUUCUGCAGAGGUGGGCAGCUACCAUGAGCCAACUGCACAAGUAUCUGAUCAGAGUUCCUUCCCCUGACAACGGCCUCCACAACCUUGCUGCGUUAGCUGAGAGCUCGCAGUCUCUGUCAGCUGACUGCGACAAGAGGCUGGAAAGCGUUCGCUCCCUCAAGGAGCAGCUGCGGGAGCAGAUUCACCUUGUGGAGAAGUCGAUUGGGAGCUUGCAGGCAGAGAUCUAUCCUACCUUGCAGUUUCCUGGCUUUCUGGAUUCGGAUGAAGACCUCCCUGACGAAGCUGAGGAAGAAGAUUGCGCCGUGUCUGAAAGGAUCGAAAUCUCCCAGUCAUCAUCUCAGGCAAGCAGCGCUGGGGCGACUGAAGCCCAACAGCCCGCUGUCACAGCUGACACUCCUGUUGAGGAAAAUCCCAUAGAGCUCUCAGCUCAAACCCCACAUGAGGUGAAGAAGAAACUAUCCUUGGAUGGGGAAAGGAAGGAAGCCAUCUCCGUCAACCAUCAUCUCAGCCCUAGCAGAACACCAGGGAGCGGGGGCAAUGCCUCGCAACGCAAAGAUAUACUCCUGCAGGCUCCCCAUUCUGCCACGGGGAAGGAGAAUUUCUCGCCUGUUGCUAAACCCUCAAGGAUCCCGUCUUUGCUCGCCAAGCAUGCGAGCACUGGCUCCAGCUCCGAAGACUCGGGUGGGGGAGGGAAGACUUGGAAGCCGGACGUCGACGGGGACUCCGCGAUUGAGAGGAGGAGAGCAGUGCUGAGACAGAAGCUGCAGGGAACUUUGAACGAUGACUUCUUAAAGCCCUGA